AUGUCCACGAAAGUUAACAAGGCUUUCACAAAAGAAGAAGAGCUCCUUCUUCAAGAUUUCAGUAGAAAUGUAUCCACAAAAUCAUCCGCUUUAUUUUAUGGAAAUGCCUUUAUUGUUUCCGCAAUUCCUAUAUGGCUAUUUUGGAGGGUACAUGCCUUGGAAGUGAGUUCUUCGCUUGCAUGGUUUGCUUUUGUGACAGUAGCCAGUACUUGGCUGUUAGCGUUAGCGUAUCGCAACACCAAGUUCCAGCUGAAGCACCGUGUUGCUGUACGACGAGAAGAUGCCGUUGUAAGGGAGAUGUCAAGGAAAUUAGCCGAUGAUAAGAAGAUGAGCCGAAAAGAGAAGGAUGAAAGAAUACUUUGGAAAAAGAAUGAAGUUGCUGACUAUGAAGCUACCACUUUCUCAAUUUUUUACAACAAUGCACUGUUCCUGACAAUUGUGAUUCUAAGCAGCUUUUAUCUACUGCGUUCAUUCACACCUACUGUAAACUAUAUUGUAUCUCUGACAGCAGCUUCUGGCUUCUUAGCACUACUGUCUACAGGAACAAAGUGA